AUGCUGGCCGUAUUUCUGCUUCUCUGUGCCGUUAUGGCCCUGACUCAUGCUGCUGAUAACGGCCUGGUCGUGCAGAGUGUAGCACUUUGUCCCAGCGGCUGGGCUCGAUACAACAACCGCUGUUUCCUUUUUGUGCCAACAGCAAUGUCUUGGGCCAACGCUGAGAGACACUGUCAGGCUCAAGAUGGAAACCUUGCAUCAGUCCACAGCAAUGUUGAGUAUCACUUCAUUCAGGGAAUGAUACUGAAGCAGACUCAAACAUUUCCAAACACAUGGCUGGGAGGCUCGGACGCAGAACAGGACGGCACUUGGCUGUGGAGUGAUGGCUCACAUUUCACCUAUGCUAACUGGUGUCCUGGAGAGCCUAACGAUGCUAAUGGCCCGCAGAGUUGUUUCCGGAUGAAUGUUGGUGAGAAGUUCAACGUGUUUUGGAAAGAUCGCUUUUUGCACACCUGA